UCCAUGUCGGAAAAACUCUGCUGUUCCUCCCGGAUCAUAACGGUCUGAGUUUCCACAGACACGCAGCGCCUUUUCCGUCUCCUCCCAAGAGUCUCCUCUCCUGACAACUUUUUAUUUGUUUGUUUUUCCUCGACUUUUCUCCAAAGAUGAACAGAAUCGUUUUUGUCUUCGUCGCCGGACUCGCCUUUGCAGUCGGUCAAAACCUGGAAUGCUACAAAUGCAGCAUUGGCCUGUGGAACCUCUGCUUGACCACAAAAACCAUGUGUAACGUCGGGGAGCGCUGCUUCAGCGGCGAAGGGGGAACGGGUGAUGUGAAAAUCAAAAUGAAGGGCUGCCUUGAAGUGGCAAAAUGCAACCAGACGGAGAACGUGAACUUACCCGGCACCUCCAACACCACCAUCUACAAAAUGACCAAAACCUGCUGCAACACCAACCUGUGCAACGCGGCGCCCGGCCUGCCCGGCGCCUCCGCCCUCAGCCUGGCAGCGGUCGCCAUGUUUUCUCUCCUGGCUGCCAACUUCAUGGUUUAAUACUCCAGAAAAAAGAGCUUACAGACACAUAGCACCAUCAUACACGUUCUAGCACUAGAUCUUUGUUUUUCAUGCAUGUUUUAAAGUGAUUUUUACAUAAUUUAAUUCCUAAAAAUUAAAUUAACUGGAAAUUAAGCUAAAAUCUAAAUUUUUUGCAACACAUUUGCAAAUUCUGUGUUCUUACAACUUUACGGAUUUUGUAUUGAAACGUAAACAUUUUGCUCUUGGAACAGAUUUAAGCCUUGGUGAUUGGCUACGUUUAGCUAAAAUAAACAGGAAGUUGUUAUUUUACGUCUGUCUAAAUAUAGAAAAAGAAAAUCCAGAUACAACACAUUAAUACCAAGUGUUAACAUAAUUUGAUUUGUCUUUUUUUAUCACACAAAGGAUUUUUUAAAAGACAUAUUUAACCGUUUUUCAGCAAUUACCUUGACUAGCUUGGCCAAGCUAAGCUAUUGUAAGAUGACGGCACAAAAUGCUAUUUGUUUCAGAUGUGCUGCAUUAAUUUGGGGGGGAAAAAUGAGCUUUGUUUGCAUUUUAUCUCAGAAACCAGAAACUGAAAUAUUUCUGACUUACUCUUGCUUUAGCUUAAAAGAUUUUAACCCUCUUCUUGGGAACUAACAGGCUAACGUUAACCGAAAUAAGUAAAUGCUGGUUUGGUUUUCUGUAAAUGUAGAACAAGUUUCAGUCUUAUUUGUGACAUAUAUUCCACUUUUCUUUAUUAAAUUUUUUUAAAGGCAUGCCAGAGUAUUUCUGGUCACACAAAUACACUUAUAGAGCCGGAUUAAGUUUUCUGCGUUUGGUUUAGCCGAGUUAGAUUAGCUAACCUAAUGUAAGAUAAAUGCAGUAGCAAAUGUUUGCCAAAGUGCCGUUUGUUUUUAAUGACAUAUAUUAUUAAUUCAAAGUAAAAAGGAGCUUAAUACGCAUUUCUACUUCAACUCAGUAUGUUAGAAACUGGAAACUUAAUCUUAAAUUCAACAUUUUCUUGACCGGUGACUUGCAAAACGGCUAGCUUGCUAGCUAGCUCACAAUAUAGAAAAAAACCCACAUAUCUUUCUAUCGCACAUGUGACACAUUUUCCAAGUAUUCAAGAAAGAAAACUGAGGUUAUUUUUGCAAACAAAAGACAGAUAAGUAAUUGUCAUUCUCAGUAGCUAGCUGUUAAACAUGCUAAGCUAAUCUAAUGGUAGAUAUUACAUAAAGUACGAUAUAUUUUAGUUUUAACAUUGAAAUAAGAUCUGGAAAGUAUUUCUUUCUGCUGAUUUAAAAUUAAUGCUGUAGAAGCCAAAUAGAACGCGUUUGGUCUUUAAACAUUUCUUUUCGUAUUUCUAGGUAGUUGUUUGGUUUCGUUUUAGCCGCCCAUCUUUCUUUUUCUGCUAUCUUAAAAAUGAUUAAUUUUAAAAAACACAUGACUCCAUCAGUUUUAUUUGGCUUCUUGAUGUUUGUGUCAAAGUUAUACAUUUACAGCGGUUGAUCAGAAACUGUAGGAUGAAAGUUUUUACAUGUUUUU